AGUAACAAUGGAGGAAGGAUGCCCGUGAUUAAGAUUUAACUCGCUUCGAGGCAGCCAGCGCUGGUGUCGCCCACCGGUCACUGUCCAGGGCCCAUUAAUGUCCUCCUGCAGGAGCAGGGCUGCUGACUGCGUAGAUGAGAGAUCAAUCUCUGGCGCACUGGGGCGCUCUCGCUCCUCCCCUCCGCUGAUGGGUCCAUUCUUGCCUGCCCCGGCUGCUUGCUUGGUGCCGAGGAAGAACGGGGAGGAGAAGGUUGGGGGGGUUCUUGGAUGCAUUCACGGCGUUCAGGCUAUGAACUAAGCUGAGCAGCUUCUUGCGUUUUAAUUGAGCUCUCUUGUUCUUGCUCCCGCGUCCCCUGCAUUUCAGCAGGAAACUGAUAUCGGGGAGCAAGCAAGGCAAGGUUUCUCUCGGAAGAAGCAUUACAGUGCCCCACUUCGGCCUUUCUGAUUUAUUUGCUUUGCUAGUCCUCGUUAAAGUUCUGACCAUUUUGGUGGCUUGGAAGUGAUAAAGUUUACCAAUUCACUAAGCCAAUUGAGAAAGGAUAGUGCUAACUGAGCUCCAAUGGCUUGGCACCUUGAUAUCCUUGUCAUGGUCACUACUUGUUUGAUUUUUUUCUCAAUAAGCGAGCAAUCUUCACAGAGCGAGCUGCUGCAGCAGCUCAGGAAGCAGCUGGAGUACCCUAGGCAGCUGGAGGCUUGGGGCAGCCCAAGCAGCGAUCCCUGCUACACUCAACCCACUGCAGUGCUUGCGGUCACGUGUGAGGAAAAUGCCAUCAGAGAGCUUAAGAUAAUCGGUGACAGGAUCACCAAACCGCCAAAGUUCAGUGGCUUUUCUGUUCCUAAUGUCACCCUCUCAGAAGCCUUUGUUUUGGAUUCGUUUGUUACUACGCUGGCAAGGCUAACUACCCUAAGAGUUGUCAUCCUGGUGUCUUUGGGCCUAUGGGGUCCCCUCCCAGAUAAGAUCCACCGUUUAUCUUCACUGGAAGUGCUUGAUUUGAGCUCCAAUUUUCUCUAUGGAUCGAUCCCUCCCAAGCUGUCAGUCAUGUCGAAGCUCCAUACUGUGACACUGGAUGGUAACUACUUCAAUGGAAGUGUGCCAGACUGGCUUGACUCAUUCUCGAACCUCACUGUUCUUCGGUUGCAGAGUAACCAGCUGAAGGGGUCCAUACCGGCAUCGAUUGGCAAAGCUGCCAUGCUUACGGAGCUCGCGCUUGCCGGCAAUAGCAUCUCGGGGGAUGUUCCAAAUUUAGUCAACCUAAAUAAGCUUGAGAUGCUGGAUUUAAGGGACAACAAGUUGGAUGGAGAGCUUCCUGAGAUGCCUACAUCAGUGGUAACAAUCUUACUUAGUAAAAAUUCACUAAAGGGUGAAAUUCCUGAGCAGUUUGGUCAGUUGAACCGGCUUCAGCACCUUGAUGUCUCGUUCAACUUCCUUGUGGGGAGUCCUCCCGCAGAGCUGUUUGCUCUCCCUAACAUCAGUUAUCUGAAUUUGGCGGCAAAUAUGCUUAGUGGUUCAUUGUUAAGUAGUUUAACAUGCAGCAGCACCCUGGGAUUUGUGGAUUUGUCCACUAACCGACUCACAGGCGAUCUGCCCAGCUGUCUGAACGGUAAUUUGAAUAACAAGGUCGUUAAGUUUGAUGGGAAUUGCUUUAGAGUUGACCCUGCCCACCAGCAUGAAGAUAAAUAUUGCCAACAAUCUCAUAAUGGGAGAGGAUCAAAAAAGGAUGUUGGACUUGUAGUCACUGUUGUUGGCAUAUUGUUUGUUAUUCUUGUGCUUUCUCUGUUGUUAAUGGCUUCCAACAAAAGAAGCUGUCAGAAAGUUCUGGCCGAACAACAGAUCCAGCAAAAGCAUACACAAGAUAAUUUGUUGUCAGGAAUGUCGUCUGAACUGCUGGUGAAUGCAAGGUGCAUAUCUCAAGCUGUCAAGUUAGGAACACAAAUACAACCGUCAUAUCACAUAUUUUCUUUAGAAGAACUCAAGGAAGCAACAAAGAGCUUUGAAAGGUCAGCAUUUUUAGGCGAGGGAGCAAUUGGAAAGCUGUACAAGGGAAGGUUAGAGAAUGCAACCCUGAUUGCCAUAAGAUGUUUGCCAUUGCACCAGCGAUAUUCAAUUAGGAAUCUAAAGCUUCGUUUAGAUCUCCUUGCAAAGCUUCGUCAUCCAAAUUUGGUUUGCUUAUUGGGGCACUGCAUUGAUAGUGCGGUUGAUGAAUCAACUGUGAAGAGGGUUUUCCUUGUGUAUGAAUAUGUGCCUGGUGGAACUCUUUCUUCUUAUCUUUCUGCCUGCAGUCCAGACAAGACUCUGAAAUGGUGUGAUAGGCUGCAAGUGCUGAUUGCCAUUGCUAAGGCUGUUCAUUUCCUACAUACAGGAAUAAUUCCUGGUUCCUUAUCCAAUCGGCUAAAAUCUUCCAGUAUUUUGGUUGACGAACACCAUACGGCAAAGUUGAGUGACUAUGGAUUAUCUAUAAUCACAGAGGAGAUAUACAGACAUGAGGUAAUAGGACAAAAGGAAAAAUACUUGCAAAAUGAUGCUACAGAAAUGGAAAAUUUGGAGGAUGAUGUAUGCUCUUUUGGUUAUAUUCUACUGGAAGUACUUAUGGGCCCAAAAUUACAUGAGAAAGGUGGCCCUUUCAUUUUGAAAGAUCUGGUUGUGUCAAUGUCUACUUUGGAAGAGCGCGAUCAAGUUGUGGAUCCUGUCAUCAUUGGCACUUGUUCACAGGAUUCGUUAUCCAUCGUGGUUUCAAUUAUGAUAAAAUGCCUGUCCAUCGAAUGCUCGGCUCGACCUUCCAUGGAAGAAGUUCUCUGGAACCUGCAAUAUGCUGCCCAGGUCCAGACAAUGGCGGACAGCGACCAACGAUCAGAAGUUUCCUCACAAGCUUGUUAGCAUGGAAACUGGAAAUAGCUCGAAACUGUAAUCUAGAUCGGAUCAAAGAUGAUAGGAAGCAAGAAUCAUGUUUAUAUGAUCUUGAUUUGAGAACAGGGGAUGACCGGAUGAGUGAGCUCGGCUAACUGUUGCUUCAUGGCUAUCCUGAAUUUGAUCUCUCCAUUGCAACUGUUUGCUGCUACAUCCAAAUCA